AUGGCCAGCAACAACGCAGUAAUAAAUACAGAUGGUGAUAUACCCACUCCAACCCUAAGCAACAUCUUGGAACAAAAGACAUUAAAGUGGAUUUUCGUCGGAGGAAAGGGUGGUGUAGGCAAGACAACAUCCUCAUGCUCCCUCGCUGUACAAUUAUCCAAAGUCCGCGACUCGGUACUACUCAUAUCCACUGAUCCAGCUCAUAAUCUAUCGGAUGCAUUUGGCCAAAAAUUCACAAAAUCACCUACUCUCGUCAAUGGUUUCAGCAAUCUGUUUGCAAUGGAAAUUGAUCCUACUGGAAGUCUGCAGGAAAUGCUAGAGAACUCUCCAGAUGCAUCUGGUCUGCAAGCAAGCAUGCAAGAUAUUGCGUUUGCUAUACCUGGAGUCGAUGAAGCCAUGAGCUUUGCUGAAGUCAUGAAACUCGUGAAAUCAAUGGACUACUCGUGUAUUGUAUUCGAUACAGCACCUACAGGCCAUACAUUACGGUUCUUGUCUUUUCCAACGGUUUUGGAAAAGGCAUUGUCAAAACUAUCUCAAUUCAGUGGUCGUUUUGGACCCAUGAUUCAACAAAUGAGUGGUAUGAUGGGUGUCAAUGCAAACCAGGAAGACAUGUUUGCCAAACUAGAAGGAAUGAGGAGUAUUAUUAAUGAGGUCAAUACUCAAUUUCAAGAUCCAGACAUGACAACCUUUAUCUGUGUAUGCAUUGCUGAAUUCCUGUCCUUGUACGAAACGGAACGAAUGAUUCAAGAAUUGACAUCAUUCCAUAUUGAUACACAUAACAUUGUGGUCAAUCAACUGUUAUGGCCAAAGAAAGAUUCAACCUGUGAGCAAUGCAACGUUAGGCAUAAGAUGCAACAAAAGUACCUGGACCAAAUCAAUGACUUGUAUGAAGACUUCCACGUUAUAAAACUACCGCUCUUGACGAAUGAAAUUCGUGGAGUUGAUUCCAUCAAGACCUUCAGCAACUUUCUCAUUCAACCAUACGUUCCAGCACAGUAG